UCCUCUCCCUCCUUCGCUUCCACACCUCACCCGCUCCCGGCCAGAGGCGGAGCACGAGCCGCACGAGGUCCGUCGAGGAGGAGGAGCAGGCCGUGUAUCGUUGCACUAUCAUUUACCAGGAAGGAAGCGCCGGCCAGCAGACCGAUGGCUCCCAGCUACGAGAUGGCCGCCUCCAUCCUGCUCUGCGCCGAGGACAGCAGCAGCAUCUUCGGCUUCGGCGACGAGCAGGAGGCGGCAGCGGGAGCGAGGGCGAGCCGGUCGCCGUACUGCGGUGGCGAGCUGGCCGUGGAGUUCCCGCUGCCGUCCGAGGAGUGCGUGGCCCGCUGGGUGGCGACGGAGGCGGAGCACAUGCCCAGGGAGGACUACGCGGAGAGGCUCCGCGCCGGGGGCGUGGAUCUCCGCGUGCGGGUGGACGCCGUCGACUGGAUAUGGAAGGUUCACACGUACUACGGCUUCGGCUCUAUCACAGCCUGCUUGGCCCUCAACUACAUGGACCGCUUCCUCUCGCUCUACCAGAUACCGGAGGGCAAGGCUUGGAUGACGCAGCUGCUAUCGGUGGCGUGCCUGUCUCUUGCUGCCAAGAUGGACGAAACUUCCGUGCCUCAGUCCAUCGACCUGCAGGUGGCCGGGGACGCGCGGUACGUGUUCGAGGCGAAGACGAUCCAGAGGAUGGAGCUGCUGGUCCUGAGCACGCUCAAAUGGCGGAUGCAGGCCGUCACCCCCUUCUCCUACCUCGACUACUUCCUCCACCAGCUGUGCGGCGGCAAUGCGCCGUCGAGGCAGGCCGUCCGGGACGCCACGGAGCUCAUCCUCUGCAUAUCCAGAGGGACGAGCUGCCUGGAGUUCCGGCCCUCGGAGAUCGCCGCGACGGUGGCCGCCGCCGUGGCCGGGGAAGAACACGCCGUCCAUAAGGCGGCUUGCUGCACCCACGUAGGUAAGGAGCGGGUGCUGAGUUGCCAUGAAGCGAUGAUCCAGGCCACCGGCGCCACCGUGCCACCACCUAAAACUGCAGGCCUGCGCAGUGCCUACUCCCCCGCCAUGUCUGCUCCCCGGAGCCCGACCGGGGUGCUGGACCUGGACGCCGGCUACCUCAGCUGCACAAGCGAUGGCGCCAGCACGACGACGAUCACCAUGGCAUCGUCGCCGCCGCCCGCGAGCUCUGGAUUCGACAGCUCCCCGGUCAGCAGAAAGAGGAGGAAGAUCAGCAGAUGAUGAUGAUUAGGACGAUGAUAUGCUCCACAACCCGACCGGUCUACCCCCCAAAAAAAUCUUGAUAGAUUCAUUAAAGGUCUCUUCUGUGCGCACCCAUCAUCGUCAUCUCUCGGUGGGUAAGUCAAAUGGUUCCCCGGUCAGCAGCAAGAGAGCAAGGAUCUCCAUGGAUGGAUGAAUAAAGACGGGCCAGACAAUGGUGGUCGCUCCAAAAGAGCAAAGGUUUUGCGCGAAGACAAAGCUGUGGAUGCGAUGAGAUGGGACGCCCAAAAAUAAAAAGACAGCGGCCCAAUUCCAGAGCUAGUGGCAGGCACCGACUGUCCUUGCUCGAUUUUGUUUGUUCAAAACAAGUAUUUGGUUAAAAAACAUUAA